GUCGAACCUUAGCUCGUUCUUCCUGAAAUGUUUGUUACUUCGUGAUUGCGUGAAUUCAAAAGUGGUCGAUUGCUACACGCGCUCACCCACCGUCUUCAGUCCCUCAUCGUUCUUAAACUCUCCCAUUCCAUUGUUGAAGCCCCAUACUACAUCCACAGCACCUCCUGUUUAUUUUUCUACCCUCACUUUCGCAACCUAAUUCUUCCUACAACUUUCUCUACUUGUAAACUUCAAAAUGGGACUCUGGUUUCAUGUAGCAGAACCCAAUUCCUACCUCGUAAUUACGGGUGCAGGAAUUGAGAAGGUUCUCAUCAAGAAAAAAGCCUUUGUGUAUCCCUUCCAAAAAGUCUCGAAGAUCUCUAUUACGCCGUUCGAUUUUUCCAUGGCCCUCCAAGCAAUGACCGUGGAGAAAUUAAAAUUCUCCCUUCCUGCCGUCUUCACAAUUGGUCCCGCCGACAAUCUAGAAGCUCUUGAAAAGUACGCCGUCUUGCUUACUGGUGAAUCUGAUGGACGCCCUACCGCCGCGGCCUCUAAGGGUGCUGUUGCCGUCGCCGCUGGUCGAAAUCAUGUUCAAGACAUUGUGAAAGGCAUUAUUGAGGGCGAAACGCGUAGCAUAGUAUCUACAAUGACGAUGGAAGAGUUGUUUCGAGAGCGAAAAGUCUUCAAGGACAAGGUCAUCCAACAAGUCCAGAGCGAAUUGGAUCAGUUCGGUCUUUGCAUCUACAACGCAAACGUCAAGGAAUUGCAAGAUACUCCUGGAUCAGAAUACUUUGCAUUCUUAUCACGAAAGGCUCACGAAGGGGCUCUCAACCAGGCCAAGGUCGAUGUCGCCGAUGCGAGGAUGAGGGGUGAGGUCGGGGAGGCCGACAAGCAGGGAAAGACGAAGCAAGAGGUUGCCAAGAUACACGCACAAACGGCUGUGUUGGAAACCGAGCGCAAAGGCGAGAAGGCUACUGCUGACGCUAAGCUAACGGAUAAGGAGAUUCAGAUUGAGAAGGAACUCAACCUAGCCCGAAUCAAUGCAAAGAGAGAAGCUGAGCGUCGGGAUGCUGAGCUCAACACGGAGGUCGAAAAGAAGAAAGCUCUUAUGGAACUAGAACGUCUGCGAGCCACGACUGUUACCCAGGCCAAGAUUGCUAGAGAAUCUGCCCAGCAAAAAGCAGAUGCUGAGCUUUAUGCUCAAGAAAAGCAUGCAGAGGGAAAGAAAUUCGGAGAACAAGCUGAUGCUGAGGCAGCUGCGUUCCGUCGCUUGAAGGAUGCAGAGGCGGACUUCAAGGCCAAAGAACGGGAGGCCGAGGCCAACUACGUCGUCACAAAGCGUGCUGCUGAGGCUGAAUACUUCAAAAGAGAGCGCGAAGCAGAAGCUACUUUGAUCACGAGGCAAAAGGAGGCUGAAGGUCUCUCUGCUAUGGCGAAGGCAUACGGUGAUAUGGCCAACGUCCUUGGUGGCCCUCAAGGCUUGAUGCAGUAUCUCAUGCUGAAGAACAACACCUACGAGAGGCUCGCAAAUGCCAACGCGCAAGCCAUCCAGGGCUUGCAGCCUAAGAUUAACGUCUGGAACACAGGCGCACAGGGCGAUAUGGCGGAUCCGUCAGCUCCCAUCCGGAAUCUGUUUCAAAGCUUACCGCCCCUUUUGAGCACAAUCCACGAUCAGACGGGUAUGCAGCCACCAACUUGGCUAGCUCAGAUGCCACAGGAACAGCUGCAAGCCUACAAGACGAAGAUGGUUGAUGGUAAGAGCGGAAGCAUGUCAUAAGAUGAAGAUAUCACUCACUAGUAUUUCUUUUCCUUUGUGUUUAUACCCAUAUUCAUAGGAUGGCGUUGGCUUGAUUCGGGGUUGGGAGAGGACUUUCUUUUGCGAUCCAUUUCACUACAUCUGAACGGACAUGUGUUACGACCUCAUGGGCUAGUGUCGCUCUGCGGAACAGAUUGAUGGGUUUGUAUUACUAACUGAUGUAAAUUGAAGAUCACCUUCGACUUGCACAUUUAUCCCGUUCGACAUGAUGAGAAGUUCGCCCCAUAUUCUAGAUAAGUCAAUCGUUGGUUCGGGCAUGCUAGUGGUAGGUCUAUGACACAAAGGCUCCAGUCUGCAUUAUCUCUUCUACCCCUCUCCUUUUUUGGAGCUCCUGUCCGA